AUGGACCAUCCGACCCUCAAAAUUAUUGUUUUGGGGGAUUCCGGAGUGGGGAAGUCGUCGGUGUUGAGUCGCUAUGUCAACAAUACGUUCAGCAAUGUGUUCCGGACCACGAUGGGCGCGGAUUAUUUCACGAAACUGUCGGCAGUAAAGGGGAAGAAAGUCAAUUUACAGGUAUGUGGACUUUUUACUAUGAACCAUUUUUCGCGUACGCUCGUCAGCGAAUACCGCAUUUUUUGAGAUUUUUUGAAAUCUUUGGGAUGAAAUAUUACGACGUUGAAUGAAAGCCAUAAUACGAUGUUUUUACCAAAAAUCGCCAUUUCACAGGCGAAAAUUUGCGAGAGCCUAGCCAAAAAAUGUUCUCUCUCUGACCAUUCUCCACAUUUCGCAAUCUCGUCGGCAAAGAUCGCUGAAUAUUUCGGCUGUGCCUUCAAAGCACAAACAAAAACCUUCAGGAAUUAAUAUGUGGCCUUUCAAGGGCAUAUAGGUCAAAUUUGAAGAAAAUCUGAGCGUCACAAUUUGAACACUUGUAAGCCAAACCACAAUUGAAAUCUUACAAAGUGCUCAAGUUUGUGACGCUCAGAUUUUCUUCAAAUUUGACCUUCAUGCCCUACGAAGUCACACAUUAAUUCCUAAAGAUCUCUGCUUGUGCUUUGAAGGCAUAACGGAGAUAUUCAGCGAUCUUUGCCGCCGAGAUUGCGAAAUGCGGAGAACGGUCAGAGAGAACAUUUUUUAGCCAGAUCCUUGCAAAUUUUCGCCUGGGAAAAGGCGAUUUUUGGUAAAAACAUUGUAUUAUGACCUUCAUGCAGCAUCGUAACAUUUCAUCCCAAAAAUUUUAAAAAAUUUCAAAAAACGUGGUAUAUUUUUUAAUUAAAUCAACACUCAGAUCUGGGACACCGCCGGCCAAGAGCGCUUUCAAUCGCUAGGGACUUCGUUCUACCGAGGUGCCGAUUGCUGCGUAUUGAUCUUCGAUUUGACCAGAGAGAAAACCUUCGAAGCCAUUCAACGCUGGCGACGAGAAUUCAUUCGGCAGACCUCGUAGGUGCCUCAAACAAAAUUGUUAAUCACAAUUCUAUUUUCAGACUACCCGACACUUUUCAAUUUGUAAUCAUUGGGAAUAAACUGGAUUUGGAGAAUGAAAAAUUGAUAAAGAAAGAGCGAGUUCUCGAAUAUUGUGAUAUCGAAGGGAACACUGCGUAUUUUGAAGUAAGUCUCAUUUUAUUUACCAAAAAUUUUUUGUAAUUUUUAGUGAGCAACCCAGAUUUUCUGCCUGUUUGUCCAAUAUUUCCAUUUCUAUAAGGCCAAGCCAGCGCCAGCCGUCAAAAAUACCGAAAAAAAGAUCGAAAUGGGCACGGAUUUGUUAUAAAAAAGUAUCAGAGAGACACAAAAAGACUCUCAGUUUUGACAGAAGCCAAAAUAAGCAGUCUUUUUGUGUCUCCCCAUACUUUUUUAUAACAAAUCCGUGCCCAUUUCGAUCUCUUUUCGAGAUUUUUGGCGACUGGAACUGGCUUGGCCUUUUAGAAAUGGAAAUAAUUGGAUAAAGUUCUCACUUUCCCUCCAGUAUCACAUUACCCUCUACUUUUUUCAGGUCUCCGCCAAAACCGGCGCCAAUAUAGACGAAGCCUUUCAAACGGUUGCCGAAUUUGCCUACAAAUCCUAUGAGAGGAACCGAGCCAAAGUCAGUUUGCUCAAGAGAAUUCGAUUGGAAGCCGAGAAUGCGGAGAAAGCGAAACACUCCUGUUGGCAUUGUUGGUAG